AUGGCCACGCUGCUCCGUAAAAUCGGGCUCAUCCGCCUGCACAACCGGGACACCGAGGACCCCAAGCACCACCACAACCACCGCGGCGGCGGCGGCGGCCCGCAGAGCGCGUCGCUGCGCGGCAAAGGCGGCGCCAAGAGCGGCGGCCACAAGCAGCAGCAGCAGCAGCACCCCGGGGGCGCGGGCGACUCGAGCCCGGGGCCCGGCAAGGGCAAGGGAAAGCGCGCGGCGGAGCUGGCCCCGCGCGACAAGCCGCCGCAGCCCGCGGCGGGGGCGGCGGGGGCGGCGAGCGCCGGGGGCCCCCGGGAGCGGGCAGCGGGCGCCAGGGCGGGGCCGGGCCCCGCGGUAGCGGCGGCGGCCGCGGGCGGCAGCCUGGUGCCCGCCGCGCGCCAGCAGCACUGCACGCAGGUGCGCAGCCGGCGGCUCAUGAAGGAGCUGCAGGACAUCGCGCGCCUCAGCGACCGCUUCAUCUCCGUGGAGCUGGUGGACGAGAGCCUCUUCGACUGGAACGUGAAGCUGCACCAGGUGGACAAGGACUCGGUGCUGUGGCAGGACAUGAAGGAGACCAACACCGAGUUCAUCCUGCUCAACCUCACCUUUCCCGACAACUUCCCCUUCUCGCCGCCCUUCAUGCGGGUGCUCAGCCCGCGCCUGGAGAACGGCUACGUGCUGGACGGCGGCGCCAUCUGCAUGGAGCUGCUCACGCCCCGCGGAUGGUCCAGCGCCUACACAGUGGAGGCCGUCAUGCGCCAGUUCGCCGCCAGCCUGGUCAAGGGCCAGGGACGGAUCUGCAGAAAAGCUGGCAAGUCAAAAAAGUCCUUCAGUCGCAAGGAGGCAGAAGCCACCUUUAAGAGUUUGGUGAAGACUCACGAAAAGUACGGCUGGGUCACCCCGCCCGUGUCUGACGGCUGACCGCCCGUCCGCGCCCCGCACCGACUCCCGGACCCCCCACCGCUGCUCACCUCCAUCCUUUUCUACUCCAGCCAGAACUGCAUCCCGAAUGCCGAGGAGGCGUUAGGUCAUUAAUGAACAGGCCUGUUGACAGAGAGAGGGAGCGAAGGCCGCUCAGGAUGGCGUUUCAGUGAUGAGUGAAUGGUCAUCUCCAAGCUGCUUUGUCCACCGCCCAGAUGGUGACGUUCCCAGCCCGCCCCCCGCCCUUCCCAGCACAUGGCCCCCGCUUCCUCCCAUGACCGGAGCUCCAGCGAGCAGGCGGGACCCUCAGUGCUCUGCCAGCUGCAGCCCCAGGUCAAUGGCGCCGUUCCUACUUCCCAAGAGCACCUCCCACGACGGGCCGGCCGGCCCUUUGCUGUGCUCUGUAUCUGUGUCCCUCUUCCUGGCAGGUCAACACAACCUGAAGACAUGUCUUUCUUCCCGUGGCCUCUGGUCUGCUGCGACAACAUUUAGACCUCAUCCGUGCUGUGACCUUCGGCUCAUGAAAACAGACUUAAUGUGGCCAGGUUCUAGUGAAUUAAAACUUCAGCUGCCCACUUGGUGACCAUUGCUCGCUAUGCUGAUUCUGUGGUGUGCUGCUGUUCCCAGAUCAACCAGUGCCCUUCCACAAGAGAGAGACAGGGACGCUGCAGCCUCCAGGGUGGACGAGGGCCGGCACACCAGGUGCACCCCUGGGGCUCAGCAGUGACAGAGACGGCAGCGUUGGCAGAGAUGAGGAGGCACUUCCGCCUGCGACAGUGCAUUGGUGCCCCUGUCACUAGAAGCAAAGGCAGUUUCCCACUAACGGCCGUCAUCUGACACGCUGGACUGUGUGCGCUUGUGACGGGGACGCAGCUGCCAAAGGAGUGAUCGUGCGUGACUUGCAUGGCCGGGUCUGUUUCCUCCCCCAGUAGUCACUGUGUGUCCCCCACGGUUGAGACGCGGGCACCUCGUGUGGUGUAAACCUCCUGUUAUUUAAUCUCCCGCCGUUCCAUUUUUCUCUUCUGUUAAGUUACUUAGAACUUUCUAAGAAACUCCAUGAAAUGAGGGAAUACUGUUUAUAACUACUUGCAGAAAGAGGUAAAAUGUUCAUUCCAAGUGGAAAAUCUGAUUGGACACAUUUUAAAUAAAAUCAUGCAUACCUGAUACACUGACUCAAGAAUCCAAUCAUUGUGAGCUAGCCUUCCAUCUAAAAUAUUUAAUCUGCUUUAUAAAAUUUUAAUUUCUCAAAGGCCGCGAACACCAAAAGUUGUGCCUCAGGAGCAGCACCUCACAGCCAGGAUUUGCAGUCUUAGGAACCCAUAGUCUUUGCAAAAAUCUCACGGGUCAAUACAGUCCCAAGGGGCAGCCAGAGGGCUGAGUAGACUCUAGCUGAAAGCCCUGCAGGAGGACUGGUCGAACCCGACACUGACCACUCACGUUCUCCUGCGGGAGAGGAAGAGACUGCUUCUGGGUGGUCACCAACAGCUCUUCCGGAAGUUUGGCUACUCAGGUUGCUGUUCGCUUUGUUCAAGGGUUUGGGGGACCCGAGAGGCUUCGCCUCAAUUGACAAGGUCUGCUCCUCCCAGGUUGACUGGGGAUCAACAAAAUCUAUCCUUUAUUGUUGCUUUUAUUUCCCUACCCUUCCUCAUUUGCCCUGUAUACACAAAUGCAGCAUCCAGGCUAAAAUGACACACUUGAGAACACCUGACCUCUUGCUCAGGUUCCCUGUGAGCUACCGUGGUCAGGACACUCGAUGACAGUGCACUUGUGGCAUUACCUAUCUGAUCCCCGAGGUGGAAUUCUUCAGGCUGGAAACCAGCGGGGGACUGAUGGUCUUUGGCCCCUGGGACUGUUGGCUGGGAUGGAAUUACUCUGUGGACUUUGAAGACCUAGGCAGAGACUUCUUCCUGGCUCAGGAGAGCACUUGAGUUUAGCAAUGUCCAGGUAAUAUAAUAUUGAAAGCAACUUAAAAAAAAAAAAAAGUAUAUAUCCAAUGCUGAGUCAAUUUAUUUUUUAUCAGCUGAUGGAAAAUGGUCU